AUAACUUAACACACACACAUUUGAAAUGCAGAGAGGCAAGAAAAAUAGUUCUUCACUCUGCUAGUGUAUCUCCUAAAUGUGUGCUACAGCCUAGACUGAGCCAAGAAUUCCCUCUGAGUCUCCCAUGUGUAUGGCUGGGCUACAAGUCCUUGAGCCAUUGCCUGUGGCCCUGCAGGUAUGUGUGCCUAAGCAGGAAGCUGGAAUCCGAUGUGGAGCUGGAACUCCAGCCCAGCCCCAGUAAUCCUGAGCAGAGUCCUUGCUGCUGGACCAAGCACCUGCCACUGGAGAAGUUUCUGAAGGAAGAUGUUUGCACUCUGGUCCCUAGGUUUGGAAGUUGCUAUGUUAAUGCUGCUUGUCUUUGGAGUGUUACUUGGUGAGGUCCCCCUGAGUAGACAGGAUGAGCCAGGCGGCCUCCCCGGAGAGCCUCAGUAUGACUACGACAGCAUCCAUCUGCCCGAGGAGCACAUUGCCUUCUUCUUGCACAAUAACAGGCACAUCGCCACCGUCUGCGAGAAAGACCCACGCUGUCCAUAUAAGAAACACUUAGAAAAUCUAAAGUACUGCUGGGGAUAUGAGAAAUCCUGCAAGCCAGAGUUCCGGUUUGGUUACCCUGCUUGCAGCUACGUCGACAUGGCGUGGACAGAUACUCUUGAGUCAGCCAAGGACAUAUUCUGGAAGCAGGCUGACUUUGGAUAUGCUAGAGAGCGGCUGGAGGAGAUGCACACGCUGUGCCAACCUGAGCAACUGGGUGACUCGAGUCUGAUUUGUUCCCGUUAUCUUCAGUAUUGCAGAGCAACACAUCUCUACCUUGAUUUGAGAAACAUCAAGAGAAACCAGGACAGAUUUAGGGAAGACUUCUUCCAGAGUGGAGAAAUUGGAGGACACUGUAAACUUAACACUCAUAUGUUGAGGUCUGAAGGUCAGCGCAAAAGCCCUCUACAGUCUUGGUUUGCUGAGCUGCAGAGCUAUACUCAGCUCAACUUCAGACCUAUAGAAGAUGCCAAGUGUGACAUUGUUAUUGAAAAACCAGCGUAUUUCAUGAAAUUAGAUGCAGGAGUCAAUAUGUAUCACCACUUCUGUGACUUCCUCAACCUCUAUCUCACCCAGCACGUCAAUAACUCCUUCAGUACCGACGUGUACAUCGUCAUGUGGGACACUAGCACUUACGGCUAUGGGGACCUGUUCUCUGACACGUGGAAAGCAUUUACUGAUUAUGACGUCAUACCUCUGAAAACUUACGACUCCAGAAGGGUGUGUUUUAAGGAAGCUGUGUUCUCCUUACUGCCGCGGAUGAGGUAUGGGCUGUUCUACAAUACCCCUCUGAUCUCCGGCUGUCACAGUACUGGAUUGUUCAGGGCGUUUUCCCAGCACAUCCUGCACAGACUGAACAUCACACAGGAGGGACCCAAGGAUGGGAAAAUCCGAGUCACCAUCCUUGCACGGAGCACAGAAUAUCGGAAAAUACUAAACCAAAAUGAGCUUGUUAAUGCACUGAAAACAGUGUCUAUGUUUGAUGUCCAGAUUGUUGAUUAUAAGUACAAAGAACUCGGCUUUCUGGAUCAACUACGGAUCACACACAACACAGACAUAUUUAUUGGCAUGCACGGAGCUGGUCUUACCCAUUUGCUUUUCCUUCCAGACUGGGCUGCUGUGUUUGAACUGUACAACUGUGAAGAUGAACGCUGUUACUUGGACUUGGCCAGGCUAAGAGGGGUGCACUACCUCACUUGGCGAAGGCAGAACAAAGUCUUUCCUCAAGACAAGGGCCACCACCCCACUCUGGGGGAGCACCCAAAGUUCACCAACUAUUCUUUCGAUGUGGAAGAAUUUAUGUCCCUCGUCCUUCAGGCUGCAGACCACAUAUUGCAACACCCAAAAUGGCCAUUCAAGAAGAAACGAGAUGAGCUGUAAAUGAGUCUGGUUGCAAAACACACAGUGUUUGAACAUUCAGCACCCACACUGAUGAUGAAAUCGGUCAACCAGUCUGUUAUUUCCAGCCCCAGAGGACUUUUUUUUUAUAUACCAAAACACACCUGCAGGGUAUUGUCACAUGUUUUAGAGUUUGUAAGUAUUUUAUAGAAUGUUUGUGUCGUUGUGUAACAAUUGCAAUCAGGUUUUUGCACUGAACACUUUUCUUCUGUAAUUCAAAAUGUAGGGGCAGUCUCACUGAUGGGAUUGAACUUUCUUCUUAGGGAUGCCAAAGUUUUCAAGUUUUUCAGCUUUAGAAGUUGUAAAUGUUUUUGUCAAAAUGUUAUGUGAUCAUAACGCUGGAGUGUUCCAACUUGUUUCUGUUUUAUUUAGGUAAGUUCACUACUGCUGUUUUAAGUUGCUCUAAUAUGUUCAAAACACUAUUUGUGGUAGAAGAAGCAGACAUGGACGACACACCUACACACACCUAAACACACCUACACACACACAGCUGGGGCUCCCGGCACUGUGCCAUAAAGGGCUAUGUAACACAUGAGUGUUAGCUCGAGGAUAUUUGCUUCAAAAACUUAAAUCUAUUAUGUUCCUAAAGUCAUCGAUCAUCCACAUAUUUCAUAUUCAAAUCAUGUUUCUCCAAAAUACAACAAUUGCUAUAAAGAAGUUCAGAUUUCUGUAGCAUUGAUGUGUGUUCCUUGUAGCUGUUUUCUCUGGAUUCCCUCAGCUGUGGAGAGCAUUCAUGCUGAAUUUCUAAAUGAAUAGUGGUCUCCACUGUGCCAGUGUUUACGACAGCACAUACCUGUGUGUGUGCACCUACCUCGAAGAGUGUGUAAGUAUGUCAGCCUUUUUAUUUUUACAAACUUGAGGUUAGUCACAUGCGGAGAAUUUUCCCUUUUUAAAGAAAAACUAGACCCCUCCCCCCAGAAAGGAAAGGUGAAUUAUCCAAUCUAAAUGAAAAGCCACAAAAAAGUGCCAGUGAUGAGAAAAGGUGUCUGGAUUGUUGUCCUGUUGUUCUUUGAAUAGGAUGAGUCAUGGAUGAUUUUUCUGCCAAAAUGCGAGGUUUAUAUUAUAAUAAGACUUG